GCAAUCACGAAGGUUACUAUAGUGUUAUGGUCGGUCAAUCGCUAGGUGUAAGAUUAAUGUUUUAGGUUCCUCAUCACUACUAUCUGUUUAUCCUUGUUUAAGAGAUGACGGACUCAAAGUAUUUCACAACCACCAAAAAAGGUGAAAUAUUUGAAUUAAGAUCUGAAUUGAACAGUGAUAAGAAGGAGAAAAAAAGAGAAGCAGUUAAAAAAGUCAUUGCUUCUAUGACAGUUGGAAAAGAUGUGUCAGCUCUUUUUCCUGAUGUUGUUAAUUGUAUGCAGACUGAUAAUUUAGAACUUAAAAAAUUAGUCUAUCUGUAUUUAAUGAACUAUGCUAAGAGUCAACCCGACAUGGCAAUAAUGGCUGUUAAUACCUUCGUCAAAGAUUGUGAAGAUGCUAACCCUCUUAUAAGAGCUCUUGCUGUAAGAACGAUGGGUUGCAUUAGAGUUGACAAAAUAACUGAAUAUCUUUGCGAACCACUCAGAAAAUGUCUGAAAGAUGAAGACCCCUAUGUGAGGAAAACAGCCGCAGUAUGCGUUGCAAAAUUAUAUGACAUCAAUCCCCAGCUUGUUGAAGAUCAAGGUUUCUUAGAUCAGCUCAAAGAACUUUUAUCUGAUUCCAACCCAAUGGUUGUAGCUAAUGCUGUUGCAGCACUCUCAGAAAUGAACGAAGCCUCAGUUAAUGGGGCUCCCCUCAUUGAGAUGUCUGCCGCGACUAUAAACAAACUUCUUACUGCCCUCAAUGAGUGCACAGAAUGGGGUCAAGUUUUCAUUCUAGAUUCUUUGGCCAAUUAUAGUCCUAAAGAUGAAAGAGAAGCUCAGAGUAUCUGUGAACGUAUUACUCCAAGACUAGCUCAUGCUAAUGCUGCUGUCGUUUUAUCUGCAGUAAAGGUUUUGAUGAAGUUUUUAGAAAUGUUGCCAUCUGAAUCUGACUUUGUAUCAACUUUGACAAAGAAGCUUGCUCCCCCAUUGGUUACCCUGCUGUCAUCCGAACCUGAGGUUCAAUAUGUCGCUUUGCGAAAUAUAAAUUUGAUUGUACAAAAACGCCCAGAUAUCCUGAAACAUGAAAUGAAAGUCUUCUUUGUGAAGUAUAAUGACCCUAUUUAUGUUAAACUGGAAAAACUGGAUAUCAUGAUUAGAUUAGCUUCUCAAGCUAACAUAGCUCAAGUUCUUUCCGAAUUAAAAGAGUAUGCAACAGAAGUUGAUGUAGAUUUUGUGAGGAAAGCAGUGCGAGCAAUUGGCCGAUGUGCCAUAAAAGUUGAACAAUCUGCUGAACGUUGUGUUUCUACUCUUCUUGACUUAAUUCACACUAAGGUGAAUUAUGUUGUUCAAGAAGCCAUUGUCGUCAUAAAGGAUAUUUUUAGGAAAUACCCUAACAAAUACGAAAGUAUUAUUUCGACAUUAUGUGAAAAUUUAGACACUUUAGAUGAACCUGAAGCAAGGGCUUCUAUGAUUUGGAUAGUAGGUGAAUAUGCUGAAAGAAUCGAUAAUGCAGAUGAAUUACUGGAGUCAUUUUUGGAAGGUUUUCACGAUGAAAAUACACAAGUUCAACUCCAACUCCUCACGGCUAUUGUUAAACUAUUUCUAAAGAGGCCUACUCACACUCAGGAACUAGUGCAACAGGUAUUGAGUCUAGCUACCCAGGAUUCUGACAAUCCUGAUCUCAGAGAUAGAGGAUUCAUAUACUGGAGAUUGUUAUCAACUGAUCCUGGUGCUGCCAAAGAAGUUGUACUUGCUGAGAAACCACUAAUUUCAGAAGAAACUGAUCUUCUAGAACCGACUCUCUUAGAUGAGCUCAUAUGUCAUAUUUCUUCCCUUGCUUCAGUUUAUCACAAGCCACCUACUGCUUUUGUUGAAGGCCGAGCUGGUUUGAGGAAGUCCUUACCAGCAAGAUCUGGAUCUGCUGAAGUGGUGCAAGAAACUCCUGGUGCGCAAGUUAUUCCUUCACAAGAUUCACUGAUAGGGGACCUGUUGUCUAUGGAUAUCGGUGGGGUCUCAGCCCCUCCUCCACCUCAACCGACGUCUGCUCCUGUUGAUCUUCUGGGUUUGGAUUCACUUCUUGGAGGGGUGCCUGAACCUGCUGUCUCUCAGAGUACAACCGGUUUGCUUGGAGAUAUAUUUGGUUUAGGAACAGCUGGGCCUACUGCAUAUGCUCCACCCAAAACCAUGUGGCUCUCCAGCGAUAGGGGUAAGGGGUGUGAAAUAUCUGGAACUUUUUCUCGAAGAAAUGGCCAAAUCCAAAUGGAUAUGACCAUUGUGAAUAAAGCUAUGCAGCCGAUGACUAGCUUUGCCAUACAACUGAAUAAGAACAGUUUUGGUGUGACUCCAGCCAGAGCUCUCCAGGUUUUGAGUCCAUUACCACCUGGAGUGUCACAUGACUGCUCAUUACCUUUAGUUACUACUGGAGCAGUACAAAGAAUGGAACCAUUGACUAAUCUUCAGGUUGCUAUAAAAAACAAUAUUGAUGUUUUCUAUUUUGCUUGUGUUAUUCCAAUGCAUGUAUUCUUCACGGAUGAUGGACAAAUGGAUAAGCGGGUGUUUCUCGCUACUUGGAAGGACAUUCCAGCUCAAAACGAAGUUCAAUACACACUUACAAAUGUCCAGUCUAAUGCAGAUAUAGUUGUCCAAAAAAUGCAAGAAAAUAAUGUUUUCACUAUUGCUAAACGAAAUGUUGAGGGACAGGAUAUGUUAUAUCAAUCAGUUAAACUGACCAAUGGUAUUUGGGUACUGAUUGAAUUGAAAAUACAACCAGGAAAUCCAAAUAUUACUCUUUCUUUGAAAUCGAGAGCUCUCGAUAUAGCUGCUGGUAUAUUCCAGGUAUACGAUGCUAUUCUUCAUUCUUAAACCAUUCCAGUAUAUUAUAUUAAGAAUCGGUUGUUGAUAUACUAGAAAAAAUAUUUAUUAUAUAAAUGCUAUAUAAAUCUUUAUUUAUAAUAACUUGUUAUUUAAGUAUGUAAAAUAAAAUAAAAAUUGUAACUUUUGUUAUUAUUAUACUUUCUUUUUAUAUUAAUGUAAGCAUUAUGUUAUAAUGUAUUCAAUGUAUGUUGCAAUAUAUGAUGAUAUACCACCU